AUGUAUCUGGCGGUCUGCACGAGGACGGACAUAGCACAUACUGUGACUUAUCUAAGCCAAUUUAACACGUGCUAUACUGACGAGCACUGGAUCGCAGCGAAGCGAGUGCUUAGAUACCUAAAGGGUACAAAGAGUCAAGGACUCAAGUACAAAAAGUCGGACAAGAUGAAAGGCCUAGUCGGUUAUGCGGAUGCUAGCCAUGCUACAUCCUACGACAGGAAAUCGUUUACUGGUUUAGUCUUCCUAUGGAAAGGAGGAGCUGUUUGCUGGGAGAGCAAAAAACAGAAAACGAUUGCCCUUUCAACUGCGGAAGCCGAGUAUGUUGCCAUCUCAGAAGCAGCCAGAGAGGCAAUAUUUAUAAAACGAUUUGUUGCUGAGAUCACUGGAGAACGAGAAAAGCAGUUAACUAUCUUCAGUGAUAGCCAGUCAGCAGUUGCCAUCGCGCAGAAUCCUGUGCACCAUCAACGCACAAAGCACAUUGAUGUGCGCCACCACUAUGUGAGAGAAGCGGUUGAGAAUGGGCAUAUCCAGUUAGUGUACUUGGAGACAGAACGAAUGGUGGCGGACGUACUUACGAAAGCCUUAUUGAAGGGUAAGUUUGUGUUGUGUGCAAGAGGCAUGGGUCUAGACCUCUAG